AUGGCAAAUUGGAGGGAGUGUGGCUACGUGCCAGACUCUGACGACGAUGAAGAGGAAGACAGCAGAAAUGACGGUCUCAAUAUCGACCAUGCGAAUGGGACAACUUUCGACACGGCGCUAGCCAACGUGCAGGCUGUGAAAGAUGGCGACACUCUCUCUGGUGGUGACAGAAGUCCAACGAAGCAAAGCAAUAACGUCUCUGACGAGCAUGAUGCCUCUCAUCACCCCCGGCCGAAUCACAAAGCCAAGUUGCUGCAUGCUGGUGCUCAAAUUAGCCACCCAAGAUUGUCGCAGACCUCUAACGCCCAUUUGAAUUCAACUGCUGCGAAGCUCGAAGCUGAAAUCAAGAAAGGUCUGCAGGCGGUACAAGAUGUCCUUGGGUCGGUGGUCCCAGAUUUCGACAGUGACAGUGACAGCCCUCUUUCUUCGGUUCCAACAUCGGUGCAUACUUCACCCCAGAAAAAUCAGUCAGGGUUACCACGACCAGCCGGUCUUCCCGAGCUGGUGGUCCCUCAGAUAUGUGCCAACGACAGAUUGUCGCUGGACCCAUUUGCCGACGACGCUUCGCGGAGACGGUCCUUCCGACCUCGUGCUCCAAUCCAGCUCCAUCCAUACGCAAUUGAGGAUGCAAGGUAUAGACAAACUUGGAGAGCCAGGGGCUUGCACCCUGUCCGCGCUCCAGACUUGCCUUCAAACCUGGGAGAAUGCACCAAGGACGAUUCUCAAGAGACCACAGCAUAUGAGAGCAGUCAGGUGGACAAUUCUGAAGGUCAAGUUCCACAACCAAGUCCUGCCUCUGUCGGGUAUGGUGAUUCCGAGGAACCUGGAAAUGACGAAUCACAAAGCCCAAUACGUGGAACGCGCUCCCGUGUAUCUCCUGUGGCAGAUUCCGACGAGGAUCUCCCAGAUUUGUCAGAUAUCUUCAAAAACAGACCUCCGACCUCACAAAUACCGAGGCUGAAAAGGCGAAAGCGUGUGUCAGUACCACAAACACGAACGGGAGCUGGCGGAUUUCGCGUCUAUGAGCUUCCUGACGAGGGCCAAGCUCUCAGAAAGGCAUCCAAAGACGAUGGUGCGAGUUCCACUAUUCCACUUUCCCCGCCUCGAUCUGGUGAUGGACUGUCUUCGCAAACCGGUGAGGCGGACAAUAAUCCGGCGGCACCAAUCGAAAAUGGUACACCAGUCGUGCUCCCAACUCCAGUGUUGUCCUCAGAUAAGCAGACUUCGAAGAGGACUUUCAGCGAAUUCCUCGAUUUUUCUGAUUCAGAGUCUGAUGUCAUCAGUAUUAGUGAUGGACCUCCUGAAGUAGAGGAGCCUUUGUAUGAGAGGUUUCAGGCUGUCCGACUAAUGCGGCGCAAGAUCAAAGGAGUUUUACCGGCAUCCUGGCUCAAGCUGGAUAUGAAGCAGCAACGGAGGGACAACCCUGCUGCCAGAAAUCAAGCUCAAUCUUCUAUCAACAGGGCUUUGGAGAGAGGGAUAGCGCAACACAUCUCAACAUCUGGGGGUCGAGCCAGAGAUAGGAUUUUGAACGUUGAGGUCGCUGAUCUAGAGGCUUCGUCAGAGAGCGAGUCCAUUGCCUCGGCCGACGAUGGGAUGGAGGGGAUUGAGUACCAGGAACCGAGUCCCUUCGAGGAGGAUGCUGUUGAAGACGAUGCCAUCGAUGCGAUGCUGGCUCCCCAACGGAGAAGAUUAUACACCGGAGGAAGACAGCAGCGAUCGAAAGGUAAGAGGCCCAGGAAGAAUACCUUUGAAGUCCACAAGACCCUUCCUGGCCAAGGACCCUCCUUUCGACGUCCAAGAACAGCUGUUGCCUCCUUGUCAGACAGUGGGGCGCGGCCGCGCAAGAAGAUCAAACGCAAGCACAGGAGGCCACAGAUGACGAUCUUGGAUGCUCCAGGUUUCAGGGACGAAGGCGUGCCACGCUUUCUGAGGAUCGCAUUGAGACGAACUGUGCAUCAAAGAUCAGCACGGGAACAAGACCCCUCAAAGAAGGUGUUCAAGUUGGCAACAAUGAGAGAUACGGAGGAUGUGAAUGGAGUUGUAAGGAGUUGGCGACGUGAUCACGGUCAGGCACAUCGUUCUGUCAAACCCAACGACACCAUAAUGGCUCAGCCGCCCAAUUUGGUCGACAUGAUGGUUGGAAUUUCUGCCGCUCCAACACGAAUUUCUCACGACGACAUUCACUUUUCGGAGGCGUAUCUCAAUUCAUUGAAGCGAGGCACCAACACAACCCUCGAGCGCAUUCGCAAUCACCAAAUUCAAAGCAAUGGAUUAAGAGACGAAUCAAUUGGUCUCUUUACUGAUCGUCCUUCUGCAAUUCUCGACUAUUUCAAACCUCGAGCUUCGCGUCGUCCUCGUCUCAACUCGCCUCAAAAAUUCCCAAUCUCCGACCACAACAACCACAAUCUCGAAGCACCAGCUCUUGAACCCUCCAAACCUUUCGCAGUCCAAAAGCGCGUGCCUCAGAAAGCACGAUCCAGACAACAGCGGCUUCGUCAGAACCUCUCACAUAGAGCAUCUACAAAACCUUCAGUGCAGGCGGCUUUCCCAAUGUCUCGACCUGCAGAGAAGCAACGUCCCGUCUCGCUCGGCACGCGUAACGCCAAUAAUCCCGACCAGCAUAAUGUCCUGUGCCUUCAGAGUCUGAGACUGGAAGAUGACAACGACGCUAUCUUCUGUGCGAUGCAGUAUCCUCCAGGAUCAAGCUCGUUGCCGAUUAGUCCAACGCUACCUUACUCUACACCUGUCCGCGUUCGUCUCCUAGACGCGACAAAGUCCUCUAUGGAUGAUACCACUCAUCUAUUCCAACCAGGAGAUUCCUACAAUUCUAUCACUACUGCUGAAUUUGAACGCACUCUCAGUGAUACUGCUGGUUGGUCCGCAGAAGUAGAAGGCAUCAUUCGAGCUGCUUUUAAGAAAAUCUUCGAGAUCACCUGUGGCGACGCAGCCACGCCUGGCACCACACCAGAAGAAAGAACACGUCUCUUGAGUCAGGCCGCAGACUCGGUCGACACCAUCAUCACUUAUGUUAAUGAGAGCAUCUCAUUUUCGAAUAAUCAAGAGCUGGAAGCCUUCAUCCGGUUGACAUCAGAGUCAAUGGAAAAUCUAUGGCAGGGCAUCGGUAUAUGCGAAAGCGCCACGACCGAACCUCGGGUCUCCCAGACAUUGAAGGUGCUCAAUGGUUGCCUCCUUUUGGGAUAUCAAAAUCAUCGACUUGCUACAGCCACAGGUUUCCCUGAAAAGAUUCGUGCCAAGAGCUUAAAGAUUUGGCAGAACAUUGCCAGCCUUGCUUGGGAGCUUGCUUUCCGGAAACAUAACAUCGCUCGACUCUUCGGCAACAUUGCCGCUCAAUUUGGAAGUGACUCUGUAUCAGAUGGACAUCGAAUCAUUCUCACAACGGAAAUGGAGACCAUCUUCCUCAUACACAACCUUGGUCCUCAUCAAGACUGGAGCGUCUACAUGCAAACAAUCUUCUCCAGCCAUGGCAAGCCAGGAAUGCUCUUUGAGUCUCAGGCCGAGUCACUCGCUUAUACGGUCAUCGUACUGGGCUGUAUCCUUUCCAUCGCAGGACCAGACGGGCUCACGGAACAUGUCGACACUAACUGCGCGAGUUCUCUUGGAUCCUCUCUUCUUCGUCUACUUCCGAAUCAAAUGUCCGAGUUCCUCAAGUUUUUUGUCGAGAAGAAGGCCUCUUGCACCACUCAGUCUGAAAUUCAGGCGCGACAAGUGAGAAAGCUGGAGCAGUUCGGCCUGGUCAUGUUUCAAUGGUGCUUCGUUCUCGUACGAAAUCUCAAAACCGACAUCGCCGACAAUCUGCUAAAACAGAUGUUCAAAUAUUACUCGGACAAGACAAACAACAUGCUUGAACUCUUUACGUCCAAGAAUACCAAUGGAACGCCCGCAUUCCUCGAAUGUCUACAGCGUGCUGAGCAACUGAAACUGGAAGACACAGACACAGACUUCGACAUUUUCCUGAAGCUCACAGCGAUAACCUUGGCCGCUCAACCUCGACCAGACUCCGAGAUUGAAGAACAUAUUCGGAAACUGGCCCUCCGUAAACGCUCUCUCUUGUUCAUCUUAUUACCCAACAAGGGCCGCGACACUUUCGAUGACAAUGCAGUGCCUGUCAACGAAGACGACCCACUUCCAGACCUUGAUCUGACUGCAAUAUCAAACCGAUACACUCUGUUUUCGACUCUGUAUCACUACGCACCUGUCGGCUUCAAACCAGAGAUAUCGCAGAUUCAGGGCUAUAUCGACUUUCCUACGGCUCAUGAUGCAGUACGCCAGGUGAUUCUACGAUGUUGGGAAAACAUGUCCAAGUCAACUCUCUCCCGGCCGGCAGGUCGUGCGGAGCUUCUAGAACUCGGUGAAUGGCUCCUGGCUAUGUUCUUUUCCAUGUGCACUAAGCUUUCGCAAAUCCCAAAGAUUAACAAUGGCAUGCACGAGGCCGAGAGGCGUGUACACCAAGCGAAUCGAAGAACUACGGUGGACCGUGUCUUACACAUCGCUGAGCGAUAUGCUACGGCAAUCGAUCUCUGCACCAGCCAAGACCAGGUUUCAUACCUUCUGACCGGUGAAGAAAUAAACGCGCUGAUGACUUCCUGCUAUGAUGACCAACGCCUAGGCGAUGUUGUGGUGAGCGGCAUCUUUGACAUUUUCACAUCAUAUGUCAAGAAAGGCCUUGGCAAUGUCAAAGAUGAAAUCCUGUCCUUCCGACGAGGUAUUAGUGGUGUUCUUGUGGACCAACUCAACCGUACUGAUUCCAUCGACGAUAUCCUGUUGAUGUCCUUAACCGAAACCUGGUAUGCGAUCGCAAAGUUGUUGGUGGAAGGUGGCCAUAACCACUGGGACGAGUUUCUGAAUACUUGGUCUCUGUUUUCCUUCCCACAAAUUGCCGACACUGAAAUCGGAAGGCAAUGCCAGGUGUUGUUGCUGAGCAAGAUCGCGACAGAUAGGACCGUCGUCCUGGCCGAUCCUUAUCCGUUCAUCCAUAACUGGCUGUGGUCAAUUCUGAAGCCGGAAGCGAAGAUCAGGUUCGAACACUAUUUGACGAACCAGCUCAUGGAAACUAUACCAGAUGAGUUCGGUCUUGACGACUUGCGCCGAAACAUUUCGAACGGAACCGCCAGGUACUUCCUCGACAGGUCUGAUAUCACCAAACAUCGUCUCUCAAUCGUCCACCAUAUCAUACGCUAUGCAUACAGCGUCCAAGAUGUUACUGAUCCAUCUUCUAAUGGAAAGCUCACGAAAUAUCAAUGGGACCAUUUGAUGACCAUGAUUUCAAGAGCCAUGAAGCAAACAUGGGAGCAGUUGGACGGAGGAGCAAGACCUGAGUGGACCACGUUCAUGCAGAAAGUGAUAUUCCGACUCGGCAUGUACAAAGGCCCAGGCUUCGAAAUCGACCCAUGGUUCGUUGAUCUGAAUCAAGAGGGAUUCGAGGACAAGGUCUUCCAUCUUGAGCGCCUCUUCAUUCGUCUGCCGGGUGAGGAAAGACCUGCCCGUUACGAUAGGCAGUACUUGAUCAAGGCUUUCCGUACAGCAUGCGAAAUGGCCUGGGCUAGCGACAAAGAAGAGCAAUUCUUCCAACAUCUGGUUGCGAUAUUCGCUGCUCACGAUUCAGGCUACAUUGAGAAUGAUGGCAGCUUCUUGCUCGACAUUCCAGAACAAUUGGACUUCAUGAAGGCAAUCUUCCCGGCAUACAUUGAGCGAGCAUUCAGCGAGCACCUGCCCACGAUACUUUUGGCGGUCCCCAUCCUGAACGCAGCCGCACAAAUCCUCACAGGUCUAGAAAUGCGUGUUGACCUCGAUAAUCAAUCGCAUAUGGAAUCUUUCGCAGAGCUCAUUGUCACCUUGAUGGGAGCAGCAGUUACAGCAAUGCAGUACAACGGCUGCGAGCCUCUGUACGAAUAUGGCUGGGAAAUCGAGACAGUCGCUUGUCUUGGCCGUCUCUGCUUCCUCGGUUGUGGCCGCUGGGCCCACCUCCAUCGUCUCUUUCCCUCCUCUGGCAUCAUCCUCGCCUUACAGCCAUACGUGCAAGCGUAUGCAUAUUACGCCUACGAGUGGAUCUGCUCUGCUCUGGCGCUGGAGGAGGGUGCCCGGCCUUCGGACCCAGAGAUCUGGGCGAAAUGGCUAAAGAGCCCGGAGAGAGCGGCAGAGGACUUCGGCUUCGCGCUGCCAGAAAUGGCGCUCCCAGAGCAUAUCAAUGCUCUCAAGGCUUUUGCGGUCGACGACCUCGAGUCGUCUGGGCGACGCGACUGGACCCAAACCGAGUUUGGGAGCUGGGGCCCCGUCUGGGAGUUUACGCGCCCCGGAUUGGGGUUAGCGACGAGGGAGCCGCGGGUAGCGGUCCAAGACGACUUCAUGGUGAAUGAAGUUCGUGGGGUGUUGGCGGAGUUGGUGCGGGCGUUGACCCUCUUGGGGGUCAUGGAAGAGCCUUUGUGA